AUGGCGAAGCCGCUGCUGGAGCUGCGGAAGGGCGGCAUCUGCGUGGGCGUGCACGCGUGGGAACUGCGGAAGGGCGGCAUCUGCGCGGACGUGCACGCGUGGGUGCUGGCCGAGAGCAGCAUCGACAGGCUCUUCUCGGUGAAGUUGGUCGGCGAGGUGCCGCUGGUCGAGGGGACCACGGAGGCGCCGCUGCCUGGAGCCGCCGAGGAGACCAAGCAGAGCAGCAGCAACGAGCUAGCGGAGCAGUUCGAGUCAGAGACGGCGCUCCGCUUGGCGUGCUCCAUGGAUUGCGACGCUCAGCUGACCGCCCAGCCCGACGCCCAGUUCCGGGGCCAGGACGCGACGAGCGAGCCGUUCUACAUCGGUUCGGAAGUGGAGCAGGAGCGCGACGACGCGAAGGGGCUGGCGGAGUCGCUGGCAGAGGGGCCGAUGGAGGCCAAGUUGGCGGCGUGGGAGGCCUUGCGGAGCCAGGCUGCGGCUGUUGGACCCCGGCUCGGCAUCCACAGGGAGACGCUGGUGGCGAGCGGCCUCGCAGGUGGUGAGCGGCUGGCAACCGUCCCGCCUUUCCCUGCGCUGACGACCAAGGAGGGCGUGCAGGGGCAAGGUGCGGAUUGGGCGACCAUCGUCGCGCACGAAAAAGGCGUCCUCAUGGGCAAGAAGGACGGAGGCCCUUGUCGAGUGCGCGGUCGGGCGAAGGCAGCGGAUGUCGAGAAGAUCGGCGAGGCGCUGAAGGACGACCCGUUCGUGGAGGUGCAGAUGCAGAAGGACGUCGAGAGCAUCGCCCACGAGCCGAAGGGCACGGCCGGUGCGGAGCCUCUGUAUGCUCCCGCGCAGGUGUGGCGCACGGAGAUGCCUAGGACCGAGCGCGUCGUGCACGUCGAGAUGGUCGGUGAGCACUCGAAGUUGGAUGCGGUGAUGGUGAAGGACACGGAUGAGGCAAAGGUACCGGUGGUCGACGUCCAGACGGACAAUGAGAAGCCCGAGAUUGAGACCGCUGCUUUGGAUGCGGCUUCGGCGCUGAAGGCCGAGGCGAUGAAGAUCACGAAGGCGAUGUUGAAGGUCAGGGAGGCGAUGCAGAGCUCCGUAGGCGGCACUCGGAAGGCGCAGAAGGAGCUUCUGGAGGCCAGGUGGACCGUUGCGGAGAUGCUGAGUAUAUUUGAGGAGCUGUUCAGCACGGGACAGCCGCUGCCACGGUCGGCCUUGGGACCGUUCGGCGUGUUCCUCGAAGCCGAGAGGGAAGUAAAGCGGUUGGACGGGCUGUUCGUCCGCUGA